AUGGCGAGGUCGGCAUUCCUGAUUCUGAAUUCAGGCCAGGCUGGCAGACUGCAGUUGAACGCGCAAGGUAAUAACAGUGGUUUGCACAUUUUGCAACCAGCUAGAACUCCGAUUGCCAAAAAUGGUCCAGCGUAUCUCAGGCCGCAGGGUAACUUCAUGCAAUAUCCAAAUACCAAAAAUGGUACUAGUAACCGCUCACUCAUUAACCCCGAUCACAGGCUCUACUGCACAUGCCUGACUCACUUUAAGAUGGAAAACUCGGAUAUAACUUUCAGUCAUUAUUCCAAUCCUACUACUCACACCGCCAUGCGGGGCGCUACUGACCCGGACAUGUCGCAUAAAUUUAAGUCACCUGUGUCGACUGCUCUUCAACACGCCAAUCAGGAGAAGGAGACUUACCGUGACACAUCUCCCAUCCUCAAUGGCGUCGGGGGUGUUGCACAGACUCAGAGUGGCUUGCAGUUGGCGAGAGUCGUCGGUAAGCACAAACCAUAUACCGCAGAGCAGAACCACAAGAUUGAAGUCUGGAAAGAUGUUGACAGAGCCGCAAUGAAGAACUUGAAGAAAGAACACUCAUCGAGUAUAUUACAUGCCACCGAGACUGCUAUCGUGGAGCCCACUAUGGCUCGCCAGAAUUACAAAAGGAAGAUCGACGAUGUUCAAGAUCACGACACCGUCAAGGACUCGGACGUAUAUCAGAAUUUUGCUCCAGUUGUGAAGCGCAUCUGCCAGGAAAAAACAGGCACCGACUGGCAGACAGUUCUCGAUGUAAUUAAAUAUGGUGAAGAACGAGAAAAGUUGGCUGAAGAACGGAUGGCGAAGAAGAGUUGA